UAUUAUUCAAUUUUUCUAAACAGCUAAUAUAGGUCUCGAAAUAAGUAUGAAAGGAGGAUACCUGCAGUGUUACAGUAUUUUUGACUUUAGUUCGGUAGUAGUAAGCUAACCUUGUUAAAAAUGUGUUAAUAUGCGCGUAAAUGCGUCUAUUCAGAUCGUUUUUGUACGUCAAUUAGUAAAUAAUAUUUGACUUUCGUUUACGGCAAUGUGGCGUUAUUCGAAAUUAGUGUACAAUAAAUAUAUAACGAAAUGGAAUAACUUCGCCUUUUACAAUAACUGUCAAAGGGUGAAGCACAGUAGUUCGAAAUCGACUGUGGAAACAAAUGAAGAUGUUGACGAUCCACUUCCCAAAGAAACAAAAGUCGUCAUAUGCGGUGGUGGUGUUAUGGGUGGUGCAGUUGCUUAUCACCUUUCACUUAUGGGGUUGGGACCUCAAACUGUUAUCGUGGAAAGCGGCAGAUUGGGAGGUGGAACCACCUGGCAUACCUCAGGAUUAGUAGGGGCAUUUAAACCAAGUUUGGCACAAGUUAAACUUGCCCAAGACAGCAUAGCUUUAUACAAGGAAUUAGAGGGCAAGGGCUUGUCGACAGGAUGGAAACAAUGUGGCAGUCUUUCUUUGGCACGCACAAGAGAUCGCAUGACUGUAUUUCGACGAAUGAAAGCACAAUCUAUAUCACGUAAUAUUGAAUGUCAUUUAAUUACGCCGAAACAGGUACAAGAAAUAUGUCCAUUAUUACGAGUAGACGAUCUGGUUGGUGGAUUAUGGAUUCCAGGGGAUGGUGUAGGAGAUCCGUAUGAAAUAUGUUUAACUUUAAUAGAAGAAGCAAGAAAGAAAGGUGCAAAAGUAUAUGAGAACUGCAAAGUUACUAAAAUUAUUACACAAAAUGGUAAAAUUAAAGCAGUUGAAACAACAAAUGGUACCAUAGAAUGUGAACACUUUGUUAAUUGUGCUGGGUUUUGGGCACGUAACGUAGGUAAAUUAAGUGAACCAUAUGUAAAGGUACCUCUUCAUCCAGUAGAACAUUAUUAUUUGCAUACAAAACCUAUUGAUGGUUUGAAUCCUAUGACUCCUGUUAUAAGGGAUUUGGAUGGAUAUAUUUAUUUUCGCGAGAACAACGGAAGUAUCUUAGCAGGUGGCUUUGAGCCAGUUGCAAAGCCAGCGUUUGAAGAUGGAACGAUACCUGAGGGCACAACAGAAAGAUUUUUACCAGAGGACUGGGACCAUUUUCAUAUCUUAUUCGAGCAAAUGCUUCAUAGAAUACCAAGCUUCGGGGACGCGAUUUUGGAAAAUUUAUGUAACGGACCCGAGGCAUUCUCUCCAGACUGCAAAUGGAUAGUAGGCGAAGCACCAGAAAUACGCAAUUAUUAUAUCGCUGCUGGUAUGAAAACGGUGGGUAUAUCAGCGGCUGGUGGAGUUGGCCGGGCGACUGCAGAAUUAAUAGUGAACGGUUCAACGUCCGUAGAUAUGUACGAACUAGACGUAUCACGUUUCCUGGGACUCCAUAACAAUCGAAAAUUUUUGCGCGAUCGAGUAAAAGAAGUUCCUGGCAUGCAUUACGCUUUACAGUAUCCGCAUCAUGAAUUUAAGACGGGUAGAAACUUAAGAAUGUCGCCGAUUUAUCCAAAGCUUCGACAAGCUGGUGCAGUAUUUGGUCAAGUAAUGGGAUACGAGCGACCAACCUGGUUCCAGUUAGAUGACGACAGUGAUUUGGAAACGACCGAUGGAUUCCAAAGGUAUAAAAUAGCGUACACAAACACGUUCAGUAAACCACCGUGGUUUGAACCUGUUUCAAACGAGUACGCUGCAUGUCGUGAAACAGUUGGACUGAGCGACUAUUCUUCAUUUACUAAAAUUGAUUUAUGGUCGAACGGGAUGGAAGUGGUAGAUUUAUUACAAUAUUUAUGUUCGAACGAUGUAGACGUUCCGGUAGGAAGUAUUAUUCACACAGGUAUGCAGAAUCAUCGUGGGGGUUACGAAAAUGAUUGCAGUUUAGCACGAAUUGCUCCCAAUCAUUACAUGAUGAUUGCCCCUACCAUACAACAAACUCGUUGCAAACAUUGGAUUUACCGUCAUUUACCUGCAGACGGUUCUAUAGCAGUAUCCGAUGUAACGUCAGCUUAUACAGCAAUUUGUAUUAUGGGUCCUGCUACUAGACAACUACUAUCAGAAUUAACAGACACAGAUUUGAAUCCUAAAUACUUCCCAUUUUUCACUUUUAAGGAAUUAGACGUUGGCCUCGCCAAUGGAAUACGCACAAUGAACCUCACUCAUACUGGAGAGCUUGGCUACGUUUUAUAUAUUCCAAAUGAAUUUGCAUUACAUGUUUAUACAAGAUUGGUAGAUGCUGGGGCCAGGUACGGAUUAAAACACGCUGGUUACUAUGCAACUCGUGCUUUAAGAGUUGAAAAGUUUUACGCAUUCUGGGGUCAGGAUUUGGACACGUACACCACUCCUCUGGAAUGUGGACGAACUUGGAGAGUGAAACUUGAUAAAGGAGUGGAUUUCAUUGGAAGAGACGCUCUCUUGAAACAGCGCGAUGAAGGCGUAAAACGAAAAUACGUGCAGCUAUUACUGAACGAUCACGAUUUUGAAUUAGACACAUGGUGUUGGGGCGCAGAGCCUAUUUUUAGAAAUGGACAAUACUGUGGAAUGACAACUACCACUGGCUACGGAUUUACAUUCAAGAAGCAGGUCUGCCUUGGAUUUGUACAAAACAUCGAUUCAAAAGGACGUCCACAAGAAGUUACAAACGAGUACAUACUAGCGGGCAAUUACGAAGUAAACGUAGCGGGAAUAAGAUACCCUGCGAAAUGUCAUCUGCAUAGUCCGAAUCUACCCACCAAAUUCCCAGAUAAGGAAAGAGAUUCUUAUCAUGCGACGCGUGACCACCAAGCAGCUUAAUGUCGACAAUACAUACUUUGAACUGUGUACAAAUGAUAUAUAUAGACAGAAUUUAAUAAAUUAUUUAAUAAGCGAUAA